UAGAUGUUGCCCAAGUUGGGGUGAGAUCCGAGAAGGAGUAGAGGGUCUUACUGGGCGCCCUAACUGGUUUGAUUAAAAAUAGUAGGAACUGAGAGGCUGUAAGAAGCGCGAUUUCCCCUCCAUCCCUUUGGGGGUGGGGGGAUGGUGAUGGGACUUUGCCAUUUGCUGGCUUCCAGGGUUGUCGCUGCUUUUCCAGCGGACGGUCCAGGAGCGAGGGGGGAGCGAACGGUGAAGGCCCCGUCACUCGACGUUUUGUCGGCAGUGCUCGUGUCUUUACUUACCUCCCGGUUGGGGGGAGUGGGUCCCGUCUUGCUCCAUAAACCGGGAAAGGCCGAACAGCCUACUGCUGUUGCUGUUUCUUUUGAUAUUGUGUAAAACGUGGUGGUUUCCCUCUCGGCGGCACCUGUUCAUCGGGAGGAGAAACGCCACGCGCGUGGCCCGAGGACCGUUAGUUUUCAAAAUGGUGCACGCGUGCACUCCUGUUGAGGGUGUCCUCGCUCAACAUGGACUGGGCCUAGAGCUGCAUUUAAAUUCCACCAACUGCUAUGGUGAGACUCGAACAUUCCCUGGGCUUGGGACCAUCUCCUGUGAAAGGUCUUGCAGGAUCUCUUGCACUAUGGAAACACUAUCAACUACCUUGGGUAAUGCUUGCGUUGUAUCUCUGGAAAAAAGAAGGGAGCAAAAUGUGCAUAUGGAACAGAAGAUUGCUACUACAAUAGAAAAAAUGAAACGGUGUCUGUUCUACCAGCUGAUGAUAAUUGAAAAUUACCACAAGGCCAUUAGCAAAGAGCUGGGGCCGCUUGUUGAAUGGGUCAGAUUGAAUAUUCAGAACAUUACUUUUAAAGAAGAUUUCUGCAAAAUUUAUGAAGUUGUCUUUGGUCAACUAAGUCAACUAUGCAGUUUAAGUAAAGAAUUAUACAAAAGUUUUCAAGAAACUAAAACAGGCAUCUUGUUUCAAGUAGGAAUUGUGGCAGCUGGACAACAGACUGCAACAAAGAAACGUUUUUCUUUCGGAGUUCCUGCAUUCGGUUCUACAAGUUAUAUUAAUGGUUUAGCUCCAGAAGAUUUUCCAACAGGUGUUAAACAACAUGUAUGUGUACAUAUUCAUGAAGGACCUGGCAUCUGUAGUCCAAAGCUUGUUAUUUCCAAAACAAAUACUUCCCAAGUAGUUGAUGCAUCUUGUGAGGAAAUGAUAUCAGAAUCUAAAUUGCAAAAGGAAGAGCAAUCAGUGAGGCAUUCCAGUGAUUGUUCCCCUUUUCUCAACAGACAGUUUUCAGAAGUGGACCGACCUCCAGAAGAAAUUGGAUCAUCAAAUCUAUGCAAUGAGCUCAUUGUAGAAACAGUAAAGGAGACAUUAUCUACUGAAAACUCAAGUUGCACAAGUGUGCACUUGAAGCAAGAAGGUCCACGUAUCCUUUCUAACAAAAACAAGUCUACAACUGAAAAUCAAACAUAUAUCGUUCGAUCAGAAUGGGAAGUUUGGGACACUUUAGAAUUCCCUUCAUCAGUUAGGCCUGAAAAAGAACGGAUGUGUAAUGGACAAGUACCAGCCUCAACUCUUGAUAACAUUUCAUCUCCAGAACCCUUGAACCUGAAUGAUACUUUCAGCCACCCAAAUCCAACUGAACAAGCAGCAACCUCAAAAAAUUGUGUGGUUUCUUUGGAACAAUACAUGAGUUCAAAUUGUAUCUUGGAACCAUUAAGUAGGAGUUAUUUUUCAAAUUCACCUGUUGGAAGGGAUAUAAAACCACCUGAAGCCAGUGAUAUACCAGAAUUCCAGUUUUGUCGGUGGCAGGAGAUAGAGAUAAGGGUCAGUUAUGCAAUCGAUCCACACUAUUUCUACAUACAGCACCUUGGUCAGGAGCUACCGGAACUGAUGAGACAAUUGAAUAUUGAAUGCUGUAGGAAUUCUGCUACAUUGAGUUCCAUCCCUAUGAUCAGCUCCUACGUGUGUGCUUGGCUCCCUGAAAGCAAGCAGUGGUAUCGGUCUCGUGUAAUCAGAAUUGUGGGAGAUACAACAACACAUGGUGAUUACCAACACCACCUACUGGAAGUGUUGUGUGUAGAUUAUGGAUUUUCUGCUUGCCUUUCAUUAAGUUAUUUAAAAUGUCUUCCUCCAACAUAUCGUGUCCUUCCCCAGCAAGCAUUGUGUGUCUCUUUAGCAAACGUUUCUCCAAUAUAUGGUGUGACCUGGUCCAGGUCAGAGAUAAACUGGUUCAAGAAGUCUGUGAAAAACAAAACAUUUUUUGCAAGACUUUAUCAAAAAUCAAACAUUAUGACGGUGGCACUUUUCAGUGAAAGAGGGAAAAUAGGGCUAAUGAGAAGAGGAUCUCAGCUUUCCCAAAAGAUGGCAGCGGCUGGGCUUGCAAGAUAUUCGGAAGGUAAUUGUGUUUAUCUUAAAGCUUCAUCCAAAACUGGAGCAAGUAUUCCGCUGUACUGGAAACAACGCCUUAUACAGUUACUGUCAGAACCAACUAACCUGAGAAAAGUGGAGAUGAACUGGCCUGUCUUCUACACUGUUCUAAUAGGGGUGAACAAGCACUCGACCGGGAUCGGACGGAUAUGGUUGUCUGUUCUGUUCAUUUUCAGGAUCAUGGUGCUGGUUGUGGCUGCAGAAAGUGUCUGGGGCGAUGAAAAGACUGGCUUCACUUGCAACACUCAACAGCCGGGUUGUAACAGUGUCUGUUAUGAUCAGUUUUUCCCCAUCUCCCACAUCAGGCUUUGGGCACUCCAGUUGAUCCUGGUGGCCACUCCCGCUCUCCUGGUGGCCAUGCACGUUGCCCAUAAGCAUCAUGUGGAAAAGAAGAUUUUCCGGAUCAAGCAGCUUACAGGAGAAGCUGGGGAAAUGGACAUAGAGAAGGUGACCAAGCGCAAAAUGCACAUCAUCGGGUCUCUCUGGUGGACCUACGUGAUCAGUAUUAUCUUCAGGGUGAUUUUCGAAGUUGCCUUCUUGUACAUCUUCUACUUGAUCUACCCGGGCUUCAGGAUGAUCCGCCUGGUCAAGUGCGAUGCAUUCCCUUGCCCCAACACAGUGGAUUGCUUUGUCUCCAGACCCACCGAGAAGACUAUCUUCACUAUCUUCAUGCUGGCAGUCUCUGGCGUCUGCGUGCUGCUGAAUAUAGCAGAGGUGGGCUACUUGAUCAUCAAGGCUUGUGUGAGACAGUGUCAGAAAAAAGAAACCAGAUCCAGUAAAAGUGCAUUUUACGGGCGUAAGUUUCCUCAAUUCAGACCAAAUGAAAUAAACGAGUUACUGUCAAAUCAUGAACCUGCAUUUCUGAAAAACAGUAAAAUGAACGCUGUCCGGAAAAGUGCAUCAAAUAAAGAUGUUUGUAGAACCGCCUGAAUUUUAAAACACGACCUCCCUUGUGUAAGCAUUGUGAUUUUUUUUAAAAAAAAAACAUUUUUUAUUAGCUUAAGCCCCUUGCCCCCACCACAUCCUGAUUCUGAUCGUUUUUAUCGUACUGUACUGAAUAUUAAAACCUCGUCAAUCUUUUUUGAAUGCUUCUUUCCCAUUCUCAAGUUCCAGCGCCAUAUCUGUUCUAAAGCCAUUAAACCUGUUCACACUGCAGUAUUAAUGACAUUGCUAGACAGUCACUGUAGCAUGCAUCUCACUGGAAGAUGCUGGGUGUAUGGUUGCCAACAACUGUGUUAGAAUAAGUCUGCUAUAUAACAACC